AUGGGCAAAAAAAAGCGGCGGUUACCAUUCCUGGCCACCGUCAUUCUCGCUGCGCUCGCUGCGUCAAUCGCUGGGACGCUUGCCCUCAUCGUCGUGACCAACAGGAUCAGCGAGGGUGAAGAGCAGAGCUUCUCGCAGCGGCUGCGGCGCAGCCGCCCCGCAUUGCUCCUUCAGAGAGGGCGGCAAGCUGCGGACAGUGGAGCAGAUCGCCACACCGACGAAGUCGUGCCGGCACGAGAGAGCGCAGCCGCGCGCUGGUACGCCGCUUACGAUCCGAAGAGCUUUGGCGUCGCUCCCCCGCCGCCGGAGCCCGACUGCAGCACGCCCGACUCCUCCGAGAGCUGUGAAGGCUGGGCUCAGGCCGGCGAGUGCGACGCCAACGCGCCGUACAUGCACAUGGAGUGCGCUCACGCCUGCAAGCUGUGCGGCGCUGCGGCGCCGCGGACAGCUGCCUCUCCCGCGGGCGGCGGCUUUGUGGCGGACCUGGCCUGCGUCGACAAGUCGUCCUACUGCGGGCAGUGGGCGGCGGUGGGCGAGUGCGACUCGAACCCCGGCUACAUGAAGGCUAACUGCAGAGUGACGUGCCACCUCUGCCAGUCGGCGGCGUGCCACGACAUGGACGCGGCGCAGUGCAAGGCGGAGGCGGCUGCCGGCGCGUGCCAAGCUUCGCCCGAGUCGAUGUUCCAGCGGUGCCGCUGGUCGUGCGGCUGGUGCGCCAUGGUCGUCGACAAGCGGUGCCGGAGAGACGCCUCCUUCCCGGGCCAGCUCCCCGCCGCGACGGCUGGCUCGACCGGCGCCAUGUUCGAGCGCUCGCUGGCCAAGGCGGCCGAGAAGGGCUACGCGGCCACGGUCCUGUCGCGCGACCCUUGGGUGGUGACGUACGACCACUUCCUCUCCGCCGACGAGGCGAGCGCCAUCAUCUCCAAGGGCGAGAAGCAUUGGAGUCGCUCUGUCGCGGGAGACGGCGUGCAGUCCGUCCGCACCUCGUCGACUGCGUGGUGCGAGCACGACGGGUGCGGCAGCGACCCGGUCCUGAGCCGCGUCCGGAGCCGGAUCGCCAACUUGACGGGUGUGCCGGAGGCGCACGCGGAGCCGAUGCAGAUCCUGCGGUACGAGCCGGGCCAGUUCUACCGGCGGCACCACGACCAGAACGCGCCCGCGACGACGGCGUGGGGGCCGCGGCUCUACACCUUCUUUAUGUACCUCUCUGAGCCAGAGGCGGGCGGGGAGACCUCCUUUCCGGCACCGCCGCCCUCGGCGCUCGCCAGCCAGCCGCAGGGGUGCUAA